AUGCUUACACUAGCUUUUGAUAUACUUUUAUUAGUUAAAUAUCCGCUGCAAUAUGAGGAAUUGAUGUCUCAAAGAAGAGGGAACAGAUUGUUGAUAGGCAUCUGGUCAGGAAGCAUUACGUUCGUAUUGAUUUUUCGAUUAAUAGUGGAACUAGACUGGUUUCGUGUAAUUGAUAUCACGUGGUCUUCUUAUCCAAUGAAAGGGUAUGUUCAUUACGUGUACGGAGCAUUUCAGGCUUUAUCAAAUGUUUGUUUUCUAGUGUUUAUUAUCGUAUAUCUGGCGAUUUAUGUGGAAAUUCGAAAAUUCAUAGCCCGUGUACCCUCGGGAGAAGCAUUUGGUAGUGUCAAAGCAGCCGUUACUAUGGUAAUUAUAUUGAUAGCCUAUGUCGUCUGCAUGAUGCCAGCAUCUUGGAUAGUUUUGGCGGGAGUUAUAACCGGAAAUGCAAGUCUGUUCCGUAAAUUGGUCGUUAUCUCCAGAAGCUUGUAUGUGGCAAAUUCGGUCUGCGAUCCUUUGAUUUAUGCAAUUCGUAUACCAGAGAUCCGGAAGCGAUACAAACUAGUAUGUUGUAAGAAGGAUAGAAAUGAGACAAACACAGCCAUGACAACAAUUGCAGCAAACACUACCUAG